CUCUCUCUCUCUCUCUCUAAAGAUCGAAUCUUUCUCUCUCCAAAUCAACCUUUUAAAUAAACCUAUCACCUCUCACUAAGCUCACUUCACACACACACACACACACACACACUCACUCUCUGCUUUCGGAUUCGGGUCGGAUGAGUUCGGGUUUCUGAGAGGGUGAAAUGGAUCCUCCACUUAUCCACGACGCGUCUUUCUCGGCGGUGAACCCGGCGGCGUACAGCCUGGCGGAGAUUUGGCCCUUCGGCGGCGAGCCCGGCGGGUUGGGCCUCCGAAUGGGCAGUUUGGGCGGUGGGUUGGGAGAGAGCUCCGGGAAUAGAGAUGGGUCGUUGGAGGAGUCGACGGUGACGGAGCAGAGCGGCGGCGGAGGAAGGAAGAGGAAGGAUGUGAGCUCCGAGGAUGAGUCUUCUAAGAUUGUUUCUACUAGUAGUGCUGAUGGCUUGAAGGAUUCGAGUGGAAAACGGAUGAAGUUAGAGGGAGCUAGAAAUGAAAACGGCAAGUCUAAAGCUGAAGUUGAAACAAGUUCAGAGGCUGGUGAUAAGCGAGAUGAACAGAGCACUAAACCUUCUGAGCCACCAAAGCAGGAUUAUAUCCAUGUGAGGGCGAGAAGAGGCCAAGCUACCGAUAGCCACAGUCUUGCAGAGAGAGCAAGGAGAGAAAAGAUCAGUGAGAGGAUGAAAAUUCUUCAAGAUUUGGUUCCUGGAUGUAAUAAGGUUAUUGGGAAAGCACUUGUCCUCGAUGAGAUUAUUAAUUACAUCCAGUCACUGCAGCGUCAAGUCGAGUUCCUUUCAUUGAAGCUUGAGGCGGUCAAUUCAAGGGUGAACAUGAAUCCCACCAUUGAAGUCUUUCCUUCAAAAGAUCUUAAUGCGCAGCAAUUUGAUGCAGCCGCGUUGUUAUUUGGAUCACACACACCAAGGGAGUAUGCACAGGGCUCGCAAGCUGAAUGGCUGCAUAUGCAGGUUGGUGGUAGCUUUGAAAGAACAACAUAAAUUCAGGGAAUAUAAAUCAAGUCCAAAUUGGUGUGGGAUGUGCGCAAGUAGUUCUACGUCUGGUGUAGUAGAAACGUAUUUUCUGAGUGUACUAAUGUAGUGUGAUCGAUCAUGGUAACAUGGUAGUAUGUCAUAUUAGCUGUAGGAAAUGCAUCUAGUCUUGUCAUUUCAUCUUUAGCAGAUAUACUGUUGUGUUAUCGCUGGGCAUUUGGCACCAAUAGAAAUGUCUUGAAGGAUUUAGUCGAAAUGUGCAACAGAAGGAUUGUGCUUUCUGCAAUUUAUUGGAACAUCUGAUUAUUUUCACACUACUCGUUCAAUGUCACGAAUAAAAUACUGUUCAAU